UUUAUCGCUGCUACCAAUGCAUUGUUUUCUAUCAAUUUUUCUAUCGGUGUAAAAAAUUUUCAUUUGACUUUUAACAUUUCAACAAUCUACUCACCGAUAAACAAGUUCAACGGUAUUAUGUAUUUUUUUGGGAAGUGAACAAACAUAGAAUUGCUUGCAUCUGAAAAUAAAUUAUUGCGUCUGUGACUUGUUAUACCGUGCUAAUACUCGAUUGAGAAAAAGGCUGCAAAAUCCAGGGACCACAAUUUUAAUCGUACAGCCUCUACAAAAAAGUAUGGCCUCAACUUUGCAGCUGGAAUUCUCGCAGGCCAUGUCUGAUUUCAAAACAAUGUUCCCAGACAUGGAUCGUGAAGUUAUUGAGGCUGUGUUGCGUGCUAAUCAGGGUGCAGUGGAUGCCACCAUCGAUCAGCUGUUAGCAAUGUCCACUGAUAACCAGAAUGAAAAGCUGCGGAAUGAAUUGGAUGCAAACACAUCGCCACAACGCAGUCUAAUCAAUCUGUAUGGCACAGAUAAGCAACCUGCAACCGCACAACUAAUUGACACUACUGAUGGCGGCGACGCGGCAGUACCGAACAAUCAGCAAACUGCAGCUGCUGCGGCAAAUGCAGUGCUGUUGAAUCUCAGUGGCAGUAACGGUGUGAAUACAUCAUCCAAUCACAAUACAGGGGCAUCACCCAAACAACGAUUGGUUAGUACCAUGUCCAAGUCGUCAACUAGUGCAACCCCAAAACGAAACGUGCAUCACGGUACUCAACGUUGGAAUCCACCUAUGCUCGGUCCACUCCCGCCAGGUUUUCUACGCAUCACACCUACUGCUCAGAAUGGGGUGGCUCGUGAUUUUGACUUGCCGGACGAACAGUUUGCAUUGAUGUUGCAAAAUGAGGAAUUCAUGAAUCAAUUGCGAUGGAAUCAGGAAUUUAUGAAUGCGCUGGAAAAAGAGCAAAGCGGCAAAGCUAAAGGCGAGGAUGAUGCAGCAUUCAAAGAGCGACUAAAGCACAUGGGCAAGGUAUCACGAAAGAAAUUUCUACAAAUGGCGCGUGUUUUUACGUGGCAGCGUAAUAAAAAAACAACAACAGCCAAACAAAUUGACUCGCUGCCAUUGAAGGAAGAGCCCAGCGACGAUGAGGAUCACCAUCAGCAACAGCGUAAGUAAACCGUUAGUUGGGAAAGCAGAAUAAAUUUUGUUUUAAUUUGAUAUGUAAGUGAGUUAGUGUUAAGUUAAUAGUUGUUGGAACAUAAUAUUGUACGAGUUUACGCUUAAAUUUCGUUGUUAUUCAUCUUUUAAGAUUAUUUUAUUUUAUUUUUUUGUUUUUAAUGCCGAUAAGCAUGUUUAUUUAUAUAUUUAGGUGUGGUUGUUUAUAAACGCGAAAUGGAAGAUUUUCAAAAGUAUGCAAAAGCUUUGAAAACUAUAAAUUUUAUCUUAAGUUUACUUAGUAGUUAUCAGAAAAUGUUAAGAGUAUGUUAAAACGAGUGAAUUGCAAAAAUUAAUGUAGAAAUGAGAAGUGCAAUAAACGGUACAGCUUGAGGAAACGGUGCUUGAAAAUUUACAAAGACAUACCUUGACUUAGAAAUUUAGUUGUGUAUAGCCUAAUAAGCAGUUGUUAUUUAUCUGAAACCCGGUGUAUUAUGUGAUUAAAAAAAAAACAAAAUUUAAAUUUUGGACUGAGCUAAAAUUUGCAAAUGUGGCAAUGAUUAUAUUUUCGUUAUAAUUUUAAAAUUAGGUAUACGAUAUACAUUUUAAUUUUAUUAGCUAUUUGUCGAGGUUUUUGGACAAUAAGCAUUAUUAAGUUUAGACUUAAGCUGCCGUUGUUAUUUUUGUAACAGCAUUAAACAUUCCCAUACAUUUUUGGGAAAUGCUGCUGAAGUGGCAGUCCUUGGGGACGUUCCGGUAACGUAGAACCAACUGUCGUUGUUGUUGUUGUAGCAGCAUAAACAUUCCCCAUACAUAUACAGGGAAUGCUGCUGAAGAGGCGGUCCUUGGUCGGAUAUAAAUCCAGGACGUUCCGGUUACGUAGAACUGUCGUCUUGCAGCUUGCUGUUUCAUUUUUUAAACGGCAUGGGUGCAAGCAUGGCCACGAAUGCUUCCUUAUAGUCAAAUACGAAUCUCAGUGCAAUGUUAGUUAGUGUAUCAACACAAAUACCGGCUUCUCCCUAAUGUCAUGCUUGCAUCUAUUGGAAUUUGUUUUUACCUAAAAAUACUUGACAGGACUGAAUAUAUACACAAUUUGUUAGAAUAUCAACACCAAGGCCACAUGUAUUUCACAAAAUUCACCUGCAAAUAUGAACGAAGCAAAACUAUUACAAUAUAAAGAACUUGAAAUGUGAAAAAUAAAGAAAAUGUUUAAAAAGAUAGUAUGAAAUUCUUAGAAAAAAACAUAAAAUCUUAACAAUAUGCAAGUCAAAAACCGAACUCUUUCAAGGAUGCGCAUAGAAUUACCAGACAUUUGGUUUAUUCGUGUUGGUUUGGGUGAAAAGUGUUUUCAAUAUUAAUUUUUUAUCAAGACGUUAAUUCUUCUAACCUAAUUUGGGUAUAAUGCAUAUGUAAACACAUAUAAGUACAUAUAUGAAAAUAACUAAAGUGCUAAUUAAACAAUGAAAUUGUAGAUUGGAUAGUCCUUAAAACAUCUCUAGGCACAGUUAAAUUUAUAACAUGAAAACUAUGUAUAUUGUGUCAAAUUUUCCGUCAACUAAUUGCAAUAGAGGUUACUUGUCGUACAUGAACAAACAAUUUGCUUACUAGUAUUCAAUAAGUAAACACCUCCACAUAAAAUAAAACAUUUUAUGCAAAUCCAAAGUAAUUCAAAAUAUUAUAUGUGACGUUGAGAAGUAAUGCCAUUCACAAAUUACAAAUAAAGUUUUCAAUUAUUUUUGCAAGAUUGUUUCGUUUUGUUUUUUACUGCAAUUUUAUAUGAAUUAUUUAAUGCAAAUUUGAAGUAAUUAAAAAUAUUAUAUGUGACGUUCAGAAGUAAUGCCAUUCACAAAGUUCACACAUCCAAAACUAAGUUUUCAAUUACUUUUUCGUUUUGUUUUUUACUUCAAUUUUAUGUGAAAGUUUUAGAUCUAAUCGAAGUAGUCCCUUUCACAAAAUUUACAUAUUCUUAACUACAUUUUACUCAUGAUUCAAUUAUUAAAGGUUUGCUCACUAGUGACAUUCAAUUUUUGACACUCCCUUACAAAAGGUUGUAUUUAAGAAGGUGAAUAAAGGGGAACAAAUUAAAUCCUUUUUGGUAAAAAUGGUAGCAAAAAAGUAUUUUUUUACUUAAUAUUUGAAUUUAAAUAAUGGUACAAAUAGAAGUUAUUAGGGGAAGUUACCAAGUCUGAUAUUAAAACAAGAAAUUAUUUUACUUAAACCAAGAUUUUAUUUUGUGAAUUAAUUUUUUAAUUUAAAACCGAUCACGAAGUUGCAAAGUUUCGCCAAUAUGAAACUAUUUCGUUAAAAAUAAAUAAAUAAUUGGCGCCUACAAUUCUGUUAGGUGCUUAGCCGAGAUCCUUCUCCUAUUUGUAACAUGUGUCUUGUUGUUCCUCAAAUGGAGGGACCUACAGUUUGAGGUUGAAUCCGAAAUGCAGAUGUUUUUUAUGAGGAGCUUUUUCAUGCUGGUACUGUACUUCGCUAAGCCUCCUCUGGACGCUUCAUCCAUCCAUUGGAAACAAGUUCCGACAAUACCAACUUUCUUAUAAUGAGGUCUACAAUGUUAUCGAUUGCGUCGGCACUAUCCCAUUAUUCUCCCUGUCGUAACUCUUUGGGAAAUGCUCUUUUCAAAACAUGAAUUCCUUCUAAAUCACCACAUCAUAAGAAAUAAAAUGAACCCUUGUUAGUAAGUUAUAUAUUUUUAAAACAAUCUAGUGAGCACUUUCGCAGCCUAUAUUUGAAAGGCAUCGGCCUCAGAUUGUCAAAAUGUCCAUCUUUCACGCUCAUUGCCCCUCUAUGAUAACCUUAUUUAAGCGGUAUGUCCGGAUGUACUCCAUAUCGUGUUCAUAUUGAUCCUAGACGUAUCGAGCAACUUCUUGCCCAUAAGCACAUCCUUCUGAAAGCGAAAUGUUUUUCCCACAUAUUUUAUUUUUCCUCCACUUUUACUCUAAAUUUCUAGAGUUAGCAACCCAGUGCCUUGCUAAGAGAGCCGAUUUGUCAAGAGGAAACGAGAAAGCUGCUUACUGAGCAAACCUUUUAUUAUUGAAUCAUGCAUUUUACUUAUAUUUUUUAGAGUUUUUGUAUUUGUUUUUUUUUAUUAUUUAUUUUGAUUUUUUGUUUUUUUAUAUAUUUUGUUAGAAAUCGUUUUAAUUGUUUACAUAAAAUUAAGCUCUAUAAAAAAAAAUUGAAAAAUGUGUAAUGAACUGACACUUUUCCUGUCUUGCGAUUUUAAAUGUUGAGUGGAGUGCAUAUUAGUGUCGAGAUUGCAAACCUAAAAUGUAUGUAAUAUUGUUUUUUCGAUGCUCCCUAAAUUUGCAUAUCAUAUGUAUGUAUAUAGUGCCAAAUACUACAUUUUUUUAACUAUGCCACUCAACGGCCUUUCAAAUAAAAUGUAUUUUAAAAAGUGUUUAUACGGUCACCUUGGUUCUUGAUAUUUCGAAGUAACACUUUUUUAUGUAGUGUAUUUAAGUUUUAUAUUUUAAAAUGUUAUAUAUACAUUGUGAUAUAUAUUGAAUAUUUCAAAACACCUUUACUCCAAUUACUUUAAAAAAUAAUGAUUGAAAAUAAACUUGAAUUUUUAAAUUGUAGUAGCUAAUUGUAAUCCAAAAGAAGCAGAAAAAUCGAUGUAGACCAAAUUAUUAAAGUUUUGUUAGUCUAAUGAUUUCUGUAUGCUAAAAUACUUUGACGAAGUGACAUACAAAUAUGCACAAUACAUAUGUAUGUAUGCAAAGGAUCAAAAUUUUCACUUCGUCCAAAAACAUACAAAAAAAAGUACAAGUUUGUUAAAAUUUUAUCGGAAUCAGUGCAAAACGAACUCAAUUAAGAUUGAUAAAUUUGUGAAUAUGUUGAUAGUAUUUACUUAAGAAAUCAUAUUAACUUAUGAAAUUGUAUGUAUUUAUUUUAAAUUGCAAUCUAAAACUAUUCAUCUAUUAAAUUAAAAUAAUAAGUUCCAUCUUAAAAAAUGCAAAACUUACAAAAACUGAGAUGAGAACUAAAUUUGUAAUUUGCCUCCCUCUAACUCUGUACGUAAAAAAAUAAACCUUUAGAGUUAUAUAAAGUACAUAUAAACAUAUUGUGAAGAAAAUACAGCAUAAAAAGUAUAGUAAAUAGUCAGCACUUACAUACAUAUUAAUAUAUUCUUACUACAUACACGUACGCAUAUAAACUCUGAUAAAAGAAAAGGUUGGAGAAUUACAUAAUUACAAAAAGCCAUAAAAAAAGUCAUAAUAAUAAUUAUGUAUUUAUGUAUAAAUAAGCUUUACCAAGAAUCUAAUAAAGAGAAACGAAUAAAUGUUACUCAAAACUUAAA